CUUUCAUUUCUCUUAGUAUAUGUAUAUGUUCUGUGACAGGACAACGGGAGACACCUGUGCCGCGGUGAGGUGCACGUAAACGUGGAAGGGAUAACAUGGCUACCGCCUGGUGACGUUCCGCUCGGCCGUCGUGGAUAUCAGAUGCUCCGAAAAACAUCUGGCGAACGUUCUGCGACGUGCUGCCGAUAGCAAAUCUGCCGAAAGGAUAUCGCACGUCGUGAGUGAGAAUUGUACACGAGAGAGGCAGCGUACAGUGACAACGCAGCAACAUGAUGAACAUGUGGAAAGUACGAGAGCUGAUGGACAAGGCGACCAACGUCGUGAUGAAUUAUACGGAAACAGAGGCUAAAGUUCGAGAGGCAACCAAUGACGAUGCAUGGGGUCCCACAGGUGCAAUGAUGCAAGAACUGGCUCAAGCUACAUUCACAUAUGAGCAAUUUCCAGAGGUAAUGUCCAUGCUCUGGAAAAGGAUGUUGCAAGAGAAUAAACGAAAUUGGCGACGAACGUACAAGUCACUGCUUCUUCUUAAUUACUUAGUUCGUAAUGGCUCAGAACGGGUCGUCACGUCGUCACGCGAGCACAUUUAUGACCUCAGGUCUUUAGAAAAUUAUACCUAUAUCGACGAAUUUGGGAAAGAUCAAGGAAUAAACAUUAGACAUAAGGUUAGAGAAUUAAUUGAUUUUAUCCAAGACGAUGAUAAACUUAGAGAAGAAAGAAAGAAAGCUAAGAAAAAUAAAGAUAAGUACGUCGGCUUAUCGAGCGAAGCGAUGGGUAUGAGAUUUGGAGGUGGUGAUAGGUGGAUGGAUAGUCCCAAGUGGAAUAAGUCUAGCGUAGAAACAUAUAAUGAUUGGGACAGUCGUGGGAAAGGAUUUGAGGACGCAAAUAACAGCGAUGAUGGUGAAAGAGAAGAUUCAGACAAUGAUACUAGCCCGAAAAAAGGCGGAAGGGAAUAUAGAGAUACAUUAGACAAUAUAAAUCAAAUUGGUAAAUCUACUCAAAUAUCUUCUGCAAAUGCUUCCCCAGCACGAACGAGAAUUAUUAAAAAAGUAGAUCUUGGAGCAGCGGCAAAUUAUGGAAAAGAGCAAUCUAAUAAUAAUACACCAGUACAGCAGAAUAAUAGUCAGUCAUCACCGACGAAUCAACAAAAGACCAAAAACGAUAUAUUAAACGAUAUUUUCGAAUCGCAAAGUGAUAAUAGUAAACUAGAUGAUGAUGAUUUUAAUCCACGUGCAAACAUUCAGUCAUUCGCUCAAUCACAAAAUACAAACAUAGAUUUUGGCGAUUUUACUAGCGCGUUCAAUAACCCUGCAGCAGCUAAGAUGAAAGAGAGCAACGAUGAGUUUGCCGAUUUCACAUCCGCUUUUAAUAAUGUCACUAUAUCUAAUUCCCCAAAUCAGCCGCAAUCACAAAUCAAUCUGAUGAGUACAGCAAUAUCAACCAUGAAUAAUCCAAUAACAAAUAAUAUGACGAAUAGUAAUGCAAUGUACGCUAAUACGAUGCAAACAACAGGCACAACAGCAUUUGCUGGAUCUAUUGCUAUUCAAAAGACAUCUAACGAUUUAUUUGAUUCUUUAACACCACAAAGUCUCAAUAAUCAAAUUACAAAUAACAAUACAGUAACUUCAAACACGGACCUCUUAUCAGAUUUGGAUAGUUUGAAUACUCCAGCCAUGAGGUUAGCUGAUAAUCGAAUAAAUAGUCCUAACAAUUCGAACAUUUUUAUGGGAAAGAAUAAUACACCUACUAAUGUCAUCAAUUACACAGCCUGUAAAAACGAAGAGAGCAUCGCGUCAAUUGAGAAUCUCUCCAAUAAUAGUGCCAAUCAAUUAUUGGAAGUAUUGUGUACCAUGUACGAUAUUAAAAGUUGCACCGAUUUGAAAAGAAUGAGAUCAUGCAUUUCAAAUUACAUCAGAUUUUUACCAGGACCUGUGACUCUUCAGAAAUAUAGUGGUCUUGAUUUCGAUGCAAAAGUAGAUGCCAUACUGUACGGAAGAAUUUUAGAAGAAAUAAUUGAUAAAUUUAAUCGUGAUUGGCCACUAAACGAAAAUGGCCUGGAUUCCUUGAUUGAGAAAUUGAUAAUCGUUGAUGGUGCAACUGUCUUCAUAUUGUCGGAAGCUUUGAGAACCUUGACUAUCGCAUUAAAUGAAUCCAAAGAUGAGAAGAAAACUCGUGUUAUUUCAAUGUUAUUAGAGAAUCUGCUAAAGAGCGAGGCAAUAUUUUCAGGAAUAUUGGACGCAUGUAAAGAUGAAGUACGAUCUUACAUACAGGAAGAAGAACUCGAUCAGACUUGGCGAGCUACAACACAAAUUUUGAUCUCCCUGCCCAGUCGUAUAUCAAAUAAAUUGCAAUUCAACAUACCUAACUCUUAUACGCCACAAGUAUAUAUAAAAAUACUCUGUUUUCAUAUAUCUUGCGCCAUAUCGUUUAUCAACGAGUUAUGCAAAUAUGAUAUUAAAUCAAAAACAACUGCACUCUCGUUUUUAAUUAGCAAAAUUGUAAUUAACUUGAAGCCAAUCGAUUUUACGUACUUCGCCGAUAUUUUAGAAGAGUACUGUCUCGAAAAUAAAAAGAACGAGCGACAUUUAGUUGAGAAUAUAUUUCGCGAAUUGAAUUCUGCCGCCAUUGAAUACAUAGCUGUAUUGUUUCUUAAACACUGCAAUCCAAAACUCGGUAUGCAUCCCAUCUUCGGAAAUUUAUUAGUAGAACCAAAUUGGAAGUAUGUUUUAACAAGCAAAAUUCCUUUAAUGCGUUAUUAUGAGGAUGAAAAACUGAUUAUAAACUUGACUUCCUACCUGUCAUGUUUUUUGAACGAAAAUAAUGUUUUAUCAGAAUUAUUAGUCAAACUUUUGGAAAUUUGGAGGGAUAAGAGUAUUUUGAAUCACACAUCUAUGGAACAACUCAAAUAUAUUACAAAACUAAUUAUUCUCUCUGUAAAAGCUUGUAAAACUACUUUAAAUCAUACUGAAAGAGAUGAAUGCCAAAAACUAUUACUUUCCGGAGUAUCUAUUCAUCUCGAAUGUACAAAUAUAACUUUAAGAGCAAUGGGUAUGAUGGUCGCCGAAAUUUGCAUAAAUUCUUUAUCUGAUAUUGAUAACGCACCGAAAUUAAAAUUUGAAUAUGAGAACAUGCCUGUGCAUGUAUUAAAAUUACUUCAAUCUUUAAAAAAUCUAAAUUCACUUGAAGCGACUAUAAAUUUAAAAGAACAAUAUGAGCGAAACGGUGACUUGAUAAUUGGAAAUAUUGUUUUCGAUUCUUUGAGUAGCAGAAAGAUUUAUGAAUUGGGUAUUGAUUGCAAUAUCUUACCCAAUGUCGUAAAUCUGUCAAAUGAAAAAACUGAAAAAAAUACAUAUCCGCCAAAAAAUAAUGUGAUAAGAGAUAAUCAAACAAAAAAGAACGAAGCAAAAGAGCAAGUGAAACAAAAUAGCGACGAAGAUUCAGAUAUGGAUAGCGAUGAUGAUUUGAUUCCUUACGAUAUGAAUGACGACAAACCAUACGGUAAGGUAUAUCCAAUGUAUCUACGGGAUUUACGCGACAACUUAACGGAUGAACAAAUGUUUUCCAAUCCCGAAAUUUUCUCUGAAUCCUUGUUAGUUUGUGAAGAGUUAAUAUUAACACAAUUGCCGGACGAUGAUGUAUCUUUUGCAAUAGAACUCUUGCAGCUUUUCGUUACAUUGAAGCAACAUUCUUAUGUGGAGAACUUUGAACUCAUAGUUUUCAAAUGUUGUGUAGCGAUUGUAACUGUGCAUCCGAAAGAAUGUGCCGAGUUUCUUUGCAAAGAAUUCUACGAGGAUGAAAAAUAUUCACUGAAUCAUCGAUUAUUGUUCUUGAAUAUAUUAGCCGAGUCUGCCAAACAGUUAUCAAAAAUCGAUAUUAAUGAUGCAGAUAACAUCGAUGUUACCGUAAAUACGGCGAUUAAAGAGAAGUUCCGAGUUCCGAGUUGUAUAUCACUUUUUAUCAAUACGGAAGAAAAUAGAAAACAGCAAGUAUGGUGUAAUGAAGACUUUGAUAUCGGUCUAGAAUCGUCAGAGACUCAAUUUAUAAAACAAAGAAUUGUCGACAAAAGAAUUGCAUCGCAUACGAGACGAUUUGCAAAUAAUUCUAAAUCUCCCAAGUUACAUAUUAAUCACUUUGGAAAUGUAGCAUCUUCAUUUUUUUAUCCGCUUUUGCAUGGCUUUGGCCGUCAAGAUACUUAUAAACUUAAAGACUUAAAGAUUUAUAUAGAUCAGGAAAAUAUUUUAUUGUUACGUUUCCUGAAAACAUUAUCUACUAUAAUGUUAGCGGCGCAAAAUUGUCCGCUGGCGACAAAAAUGGGUAAAGAAAUAUUGGAGCUUAUGUGGACAAUGAGAAAUCACGACGAAGCGGUAGUGCGAUUAGCCGUUACAGAAAAUAUCGGAUCUGUACUUAUUGCGGUGCCGAAAGAGGCCGUCAUCGAUGAACUGUCCGAACCCUUGAUGGAAAUAAGAGAAUGGCUUUUAUUAUCGCAGAAUGUCGUUAAUGGUGAACAUGAUGCAAAUUGCAGGAUUUUAAACGCAAAAAUUCUGUCCUUCAUCAAUUUCAUUAUAAGCUUUGCAUUUAAUUGUGCAUAGAACAAAAAUAUGCAGUCAAUU